AGGUUUUUUGUUCUUGACGACACUGCGAAUUGAAAGUGUUGAGGGUUUUGUAGCUGCGAGUUAAUCGGUUUGUUGGCCUCUUACUAAUUGCAGAGCAUUAAGAUCACAACUAAACCUUGUAAACAUUUCAAGCCUCUUAAACUCGAGAAUUAGCUGAAGCCGUAGUUUUCCAUUACUCUAUCAAAAGGGCUAGUUAACCAAAGAUGCCUGACCACCUGGGAAAGGACAUGCGAAAGGUGAAGGAUGAGGAUAAAGACGAGAAGCCGAUUGAGGUGUUGGACGAGGGAGAUAUUGCAAUCCUGAAGAACUACGGGGCUGGUGCAUAUGCCAAGGCAGUCAAGAAGACAGAUGACGACAUCAAGGCAAUACUUAAACGCGUGAACGAGCUGACUGGUAUCAAAGAGAGCGACACUGGUCUAGCUCCUCCGGCUCUGUGGGAUCUGGCGGCCGACAAACAGGCACUCCAGGGCGAGCAGCCACUUCAAGUAGCGAGAGUGACCAAAAUAAUCCAGAGUGGGGGAGAAGGUGCGACUAGCAAUGAAGACGCCAAGUACAUCAUCAACGUAAAACAGUUCGCCAAGUUCGUUGUGGAUCUCAGCGACAAUGUGGCCCCGAGUGAUAUCGAAGAAGGAAUGAGGGUGGGAGUUGAUAGGAACAAGUACCAGAUACACCUUCCACUGCCGCCCAAAAUAGACCCAACUGUUACCAUGAUGCAGGUAGAGGAGAAGCCUGACGUGACGUAUGCAGAUGUGGGGGGAUGCAAGGAGCAGAUUGAGAAGUUGAGAGAGGUCGUUGAGACUCCCCUGCUGCACCCGGAGAGAUUCGUUAACUUGGGCAUCGAUCCCCCCAAGGGAGUGCUCUUGUUCGGACCCCCUGGAACAGGAAAGACGCUUUGCGCUCGAGCGGUAGCCAAUCGAACUGACGCUUGCUUUAUCCGAGUCAUAGGAUCCGAACUAGUGCAGAAAUACGUUGGCGAGGGAGCGAGAAUGGUGCGAGAACUAUUCGAAAUGGCUAGAUCCAAGAAGGCGUGUAUUAUUUUCUUCGAUGAGAUUGACGCUAUUGGAGGGGCAAGGUUCGACGAUGGGGCGGGAGGGGACAACGAAGUGCAAAGGACGAUGCUGGAACUGAUCAACCAACUGGACGGAUUCGAUGCCAGAGGAAACAUAAAGGUUCUCAUGGCCACCAACCGACCGGAUACCCUGGAUCCAGCAUUGAUGCGACCGGGACGUCUGGACCGAAAAGUGGAGUUCGGUUUGCCUGAUUUGGAAGGAAGGGCAAACAUCUUCAAGAUUCAUGCCAGACAAAUGUCAGUGGAGAAAGACAUCCGAUAUGAACUGCUGGCAAGAUUGUGUCCUAAUAGUACAGGCGCUGAUAUCCGCAGUGUGUGCACAGAAGCAGGUAUGUUUGCAAUCCGAGCCAGAAGGAAAAUGGCCACUGAAAAAGACUUCUUGGAGGCAGUCAACAAAGUCAUAAAAGCGUACGCCAAGUUUAGCUCUACGCCCAGAUAUAUGACAUACAACUGAUAUUUUGAACUGAAACACUUGAGUGAGCGGAAUUGUUACAAUGUUGAACAUAAAUAUGAUGUUUUGUAGUUUUUAAAUUGAAAAGAGGUAACUUGUCGAGAAUAAUUAAAUGUAAAUGGCGUUUUGACUAUUGAUCAGAGUUUAUUUAAUUCUAAUCAAUUGCGCUGCGGUGAACAA